GGGCACAACCACGUCAACAAGCACGGGCCACCCGCGGAGGAGGAGGAGGAGGCGGCGGCGGCGGCGGCGAUGGCGGGCGCCGGGCCCGAGGGCGAGGCCCCGCGGAGGCGGGCCCGCAAGCGGGAGGCCCCCGACAAGGAGGUGGGCCCCAAGGACGCCGACGACGGUGCCACCUUCCCGGCCCCCGGGCACAAGGAGCGGGGCGACCACCGACACGAAGACUGCCUCAACGGCAGCCAGCUGCUGCGUAACUUCGGGGUGAGCUCCAGCGGGCCCAUCUCCCCCGACCUCUUCGCCUACCUGUGCCCCGCGCUGCUCUACCAGAUCGACAGCCGCCUCUGCGCCCGGCCCCACGCCCACCCUCCCGGCGGACAGCUCAGGGCGGACCGCGACCCCGGGACCGAGCCCGCCGAGAAGGUCGGGGCCUCAGCCUGGAUCUGCGGGCUGAUCUCCAUCACGGUCAUCAGCCUCCUGUCCCUGCUCGGCGUCCUCCUCAUCCCCAUCAUCAAGCAAGGCUGCUUCAAGUUCCUGCUCACCUUCCUGGUGGCCCUGGCCGUGGGCACCAUGAGCGGGGACGCCCUCCUCCACCUGCUGCCCCACUCCCAGGGAGAGCACAGCCACGAUCACGGGCACGGCCACGGGCACGAUGACGGGCACGAGGCGGAGGGCGAGAGCUUCCUGGAGGUGUACGACGCCGUGCUGAAGGGGCUGGUGGCCCUGGGGGGCGUCUACCUGCUGUUCAUCAUCGAGCACUGCAUCCGCAUGUUCAAGCACUACAAGCAGCAGCGGGGGAAGCAGAAGUGGUUCGCCAAGCAGAAGGCUGAGAAAUCGAACUCGGGGCGGAAUUCGUCGGACGACAAGCUCGGCAACCGAGCCCAAGCCGACUGGCUCCAGCUCAGACCCCUGGCCGGGGCGGAGGAGUCGGCCCUGUCCGAGGACCGGCUGAACGACACGGAGCUGACGGAGCUGGAAGGCCGGCAGGGCUCCCCGCCCAAGAGCUGCCUUCUGGAGGAGGAGGAGCGGGCCCCCCGCCGGGGGGAGGAGGAGGAGGAGGAGGAGGAGGCCGCCGCCGCCCCCCACAAGGAGGACGCCCCCCGGGAGGCCCCCCCGGCGGGGGCCGCGCCCCCCGGCCCGCCGCGGCCCCGCCUCCAGUCCCACCACUCUCACGGCCACUGCCACUCGGCCACCCACCUGAAGGCCAACGGCAUCGCCAGCUUGGCCUGGAUGGUCAUCAUGGGCGACGGGCUGCACAACUUCAGCGACGGGCUGGCCAUCGGGGCGGCUUUCAGUGCCAGCCUGACGGGAGGGAUCAGUACCUCCAUCGCCGUCUUCUGCCACGAGCUCCCGCACGAGCUGGGCGACUUUGCGGUGCUGCUGAAGGCGGGGAUGACGGUGCGGCAGGCCAUCGUGUACAACCUGCUGUCGGCGCUGAUGGCUUACGUGGGCAUGGUCAUCGGCACGGCCGUGGGCCAGUACGCCAACGACAUCACCCUCUGGAUCUUCGCCGUCACCGCGGGCAUGUUCCUCUACGUGGCCCUGGUGGAUAUGCUCCCGGAGAUGCUCCACGGCGACGGCGACGGCGAGGAGCCCGCCCGCUGCCCGCUGGGCCAGUUCGGCCUGCAGAACCUGGGCCUGCUCCUGGGCUUCGCCAUCAUGCUGCUCAUCGCCCUCUUCGAGGACCGCAUCGUGCUGGACGUCCAGUUCUGAGCGCGGCCCCUCCGCCUCCCCCGACGACCCUGUGAUGGACACCCCCCCGACACCCACUGGGCUGCCCUCCUCCCUCUCCGGGCACACGGUCUCCCCUCCUCUGGAAUGCGCCCCCGGCCGACCCUGUGAUGGACACCCCUGACACCCCCCGGGCUUCCUUCCUCUCUCUCCGGCCGCACGGUCUCCCCUUCAGGAUCGCACCCCCCGGCCGACCCUGUGAUGGACACCCCCGACACCCACUGGGCUUCCCUCCUCUCUAUCCGGGCGCACGGUCUCCCCUUCAGGAUCGCGCCCCCGGCUGACCCUGUGAUGGACACCCCUGACCCUGCC